AUGGCGAAUUUCUAUGAGCAUUACCAGAUCCCAUACGAUUACAACAAUCAGGUUAAUAAUCUCUAUGAUCAUACUUACUAUUACGAUAACAAUCAGCAGCAGCAAUAUUAUUCCGAUCCAGUGAGUUAUAAUUGUUACAACAAUUGGAAUGGAUCUGAGUAUGAGACAGCCUCUGCAUCAUCUGAGAGUUAUAAUUGUUUUAACAACUGGAAUGGAUCUGAGUAUGAGACAGCCUCUGCAUCAUCUGUGAGUUAUAACAAUUGGAAUGGAUCUGAGUAUGAGACAGCUUCUGCAUCAUCUGUUGCAUACUCUGUUUCAACCAUGUCCGAGCCAAAACACUUGUUCUACGAUCCGAAUCUGUACACGACCUACGAAUCUCCUCCUCAGUUUAACAUCUAUUACUCUGUUCAAGAAUUCAACGAGCCGAGAUUCGACGAAUACGAUCCGACGCCGUACAGCGGUGGAUUUGACAUCGUUGCAACCUACGGAAAACCUCUUCCUCAGUCGGUGGAAAUCUGUUACCCUUCUUCAACCGCUGCUCUGGGGAAACCUCCUACUCCUCCGGAGAUUAUCACUCCUGUUCCUCUUGGCAUUUAUGAUGGUGGUGAAAAGAAAGCUGUCAAGAAACGUGUAACUUUCUCUGAACCGUUAACGGAGGCCAAACCAUUGGAACCCGUUAAAGAAGUAGAUGAUCAUGAAGAUGAAUCAGAGGAUGAAGAAGAAGAAGAUGAUGAAGAGGAAGAGGAAGAAGAAGAGGAUCAUAGUUCAAGCUAUGAACCAGUUAAAUCUGAUAAUGUAGUAGAUAAGGAAGCAGUGAAAGCUCUGUAUGUUCCGUCUGGUUACGGCUUAGAAGCGACGGACCUGUGCGAGGUGAUAUUCGGAGGUUACUUUCCUUGUGUGUUACGUAACAAGAGACGCCAGGAAGAUGAGAAGGAUCGUGCGGCUGGUGUUUCUUGCUGGGAAAGUAAUGAUGCUGAUCCGUGGAAGUCGACUUCCGAUUACAUUUUCGGGGAUUCGUAUCCUUACGGUUAUGAUAAUCGUGUCCAAAGAAGCCAGUUUGAGAUCUCCUCCUAUGGCUACCAAAGAGUUCAAUGUUUGCUUGCUUUCACACUGAGCCGCGACACGAGUCGAUCACUCUCUCUCACUGGGUUGCUUACUGUGCUUAACGUUAACGAUAUGGCGAAUCUGCCGCUGGGUUUCGGUGCGAUCGUGCUCUUGCUAGUCGGAAGUUUGAUUAACCCUACGGACGCCGAGAUUCACGAGUACGACAACAACGACGCCGAUGCUUCUGCUGCUUCUUCUGCUACACAUUCCAUGGGGAAGUCCGUUAUCCGGUUUGAUGACAUAACCUUUGUGAGGACAAAGGAAGCUGCUUUCAAACAGAAAUCGAAGCUGGAAAAUGCAGGAUUGGUUGAAACUCUAGUGUUUGAGGUAAAGGACCGGGAAAGAAUCGGUGGGUCUUUUCUCAAAAGUGAUGCUAUCUGCUGUACUCAAGAGCUUGCUGAUGCUGGUUCCUGCAAUCUCGGAGAGGUUAUCAUUCAGAGAGACCCCACUGAGCCUCACUGGCCUAAACGGAUCAAGACUUUCUUUGCAGAGCAGAAGGAAGAAGUGAAGAUGUCUCCGGAAGCUGUGAUCAUUAACAAAACUGGACGGUACAUUGUGUACUUCACGACCUGCGAUGAAGAUUUGGAUGGCACUGUUGUCAGGGGAAGAACAGUUUGGAAGAACCUAGAUGGGUAUUUACCAGGAGAGACAGCUCCUCUAAUGAAGUUCUAUGGAUUCAUGUUCGUAGCUUAUAUGUUGCUUGGCGUAGUUUGGUUUCCACGAUUUGUUAGGUACUGGAAGGAUGGAAUCCAGCUGCAUAGUCAUGUUAGCUUGGUUAUUGCAUUUUCCAUGUAUGAGUUGGCCUUCAUGUACUCUGGUUUUGCCUAUCUCGACUCGGUUGGUACAAGUCCUGUGAAGGCAACGUUAUGGGCUGUGAGUUUUUCUUCUGCGAGGAAGGCGUUGUCUCGGCUUCUACUGUUGGCUUUAACUUCAGGAUAUGGACUUGUGAAGCCUGAAAUAUCCGGCUUUACACCGAGGAUGCUUCUUCUUGGCGGCAUGUGCUAUGUGAUUAGUCUAUCUCUGGGAUCGGCGCAGCAUUUUGGGAGUCUCACUGAAGAUGGGAUGACUUUGUUGAUGCUGUCUUGGGCUAUAAUGGAAACAUGCUUUCUCCAGUGGAUUUUCAGGUCCUUGUGGAAUACGCUUAAGAAGCUUAAGGUGAACAAGAGGAACAUUGCUAAGUUGCAGCUCUACAAGAACUUUGCAGUUGUACUAGUAACCAUGGUGGUGCUUAACAUUGCCUGGGUUUAUGUGGAGGUAUAUAUCAAUGACUCCCUGAGUGAGCUUUGGCAAGUGAAGUGGAUGAUCCCAGCAUUUUGGUAUGUGCUUGCCUAUGCACUAUUGGUAGUCAUCUGCUGCUUUUGGCCUCCAACCGAAAAGCCAACCAGGUACCUAUACGUAGCUGAAAUGGAGGAUGAGUUUGAGGAAGAAGAACAAGAUGAAGAUCUAGUAUUGGCAGAAGCAGGGAUGAAGAGUGAAGAUGGGAGAAAUGUGGAGAGGGAAGAGAGGAAGAGCCUUCUAGAAGCACUCAUUCUCUUGUUUGGGAAUAUACCAAGGGAGAGUUGA